GGGUGAGGGAGCAUGGAUCAGUUUGUCGCGGCGGUGUUUGCAGACAGGGACGUGGUCUCGUACAUUGGUCACAGCACUGCGUUGGAAUGGAUGGUCUGGUUCCGACCGUCGGCUUCGCUUGAUUCGAUGCACUUGAGUGUGUACGUGCGUCGAAAGGUUGACCAGGUGGACUACCAAGCGUUGGAACUCACCGUCACGCUCGACACCCUGCAAGCUCAUAUGAAUGACCUUGGUGUAACAAGCGACUUGUCGUCGUUUGCGCUUCCGUUCAAGACCGCUGCGUUGUCGUCUGCUCGCAACCUUGACGUCGACAUUGACGACAACGGCACAGUCCUCGUUGAAAUUACAUAUGUGUUUGGUCAUUCGCUGACUCGAAAGGGGGUGUUCUCGAUGCCGCCAUCCACACCAAGCGCUACUGUUCCGAGCCACGUCGUGGAUCUCUUGAGGUCCUUACGCUCCAUCCUCGUUGAAACCACCGAGGAGCAAACAUCCCGCCGAGCGCGACGUUCGACGUUAUUGCUAUCCACAGCUGCAAUGCCGAUCCAGCUCGCAACGACUAGCUCCCCACCUCCCACUGUGGUCAAGCGCAAGCCAGCUCUUCCUCUCGGAGCCAGGCGCAAAGUGGCCCGGGGCGCCAAGUUUGCAGACGACGACGAAUAACGACAUACAAGUAGUACUACUGUAGUAUAUGACCCGUUGCAGUUUCUACACUUGCACUUCGGUCGAGAGAGGUCGGCGGCUGGUUCGAGGAGACUCGAGUGGUUCGUCUUGAGGCGCCAGACCUUCGAGCACCGCCAUGACACGGUCAUUGUUACGCAGGACCGCGGACGCAUACGCAUUCCGAUUCGACUAGAAACGAAGUCAUCAACGUGAAGGGAAACACAGCAAGACCCGUACGUCGUCCUUGGCGGCAGGGUCCGCCCCCGCGUUGAGAAGCAGGGAACAAGCGCCUACUUGGUUCUUCUUGGCAGCUACAAUCAAUGGCGUCGAGUGGUUCUACCCAACAAACUGUUAAUCCAUGGUGUCAGAC